AUAGCAUGCUACCUGGUCUGAUCUCGCUCUUCAAACCAGGGUGGAAAUCAGAUUAAGUUCGGUCCAGAAUGGCACAGAACAGACAAAACAGAAAACAAAUUGGAAAGGUCUUCAAUGACCCCAUCCACGGCCACAUCGAAAUGCACCCCCUGCUGGUUCGCAUCAUCGACACGCCCCAGUUCCAGAGACUGCGCAACAUCAAGCAGCUGGGAGCAGGCUACUUUGUGUACCCGGGGGCUUCCCACAACCGCUUCGAGCACUCUCUUGGGGUUGCACACCUGGCUGGAAGACUGGUCAAACAACUGAGGGAACACCAGCAGGAUACUGAGCGGGAUACUGAGCGGGAUAUUAACGAUACAGAUGAGCUUUGCGUCCAGAUUGCCGGCCUCUGUCAUGACCUGGGUCAUGGCCCUUUUUCUCAUGUGUUUGAUGGGAAAUUCAUGCCAGAAGCUAAAGCCCUGUGGGAAAAGAAGCAUGAAGACAUUUCAUUGGAGAUGUUUGAUUACCUGAUAAAGCACAAACCUUCAGAGGGAAAGAAGACAAUAGAAGAUGUGAUGAGGGAGGACUAUGGUUUCAAAGAUGAGGACUUUACAUUCAUCAAAGAGAUGAUUCAGCCCUUUGAAUCAAUGGGAUGUGGGAGAAAUGGAUGGCCUUUCAAGGGACGAGGAGAAAAGAAGGCUUACUUGUAUGACAUUGUGUCCAACAAGAUAAAUGGCAUUGAUGUGGACAAAAUGGAUUACUUUGCAAGGGAUAGCUACUACCUUGGAAUGCGGAGCUCUUUUGACCAUGAGCGCUUCAUCAUGUUUGCACGCGUCUGUGAGGUCGGUGGAAGGCUCCAAAUCUGCCAGAGAGACAAGGAAGUGAGAAACAUGUAUGAUUUGUUCUACACACGAAGCCUCCUUCAUAACAGAGCCUAUCAGCACAAAGUUGUGAAAAUCAUUGAGACAAUGAUAAAAGAUGCUUUGCUGGCAGCUGAUGGAAAAGGAGGCAUCAAAAUUGCAGAAACAGUCAUCAACAGGGACAUGGAGGCCUACACCAAACUGACUGACAUAAUCCUGUAUCAGAUCAUGAACUCUCCUCACGAAGAGCUUCAGGAAGCACAACGCAUCCUGAGAAAAAUUGAGUACCGUCAGCUUUACCACUGUCUUUUGGAUGAAAAAAUCAAACCCUGUCAAUUGAAGAAUAGACAUGAGAAAACAGCAGAAAGAGAUGCACUGGUUGAACAAAUCAAACUCGAACUUCCAGGCACAGACAUCAAAAAGGAGGACUUCGAAAUCAACGUGAUCACUGUGGAUUAUGGGAUGAAAGAGGAGGACCCCAUAGAAAAAUGUAAUUUCUAUAGGAAGCCUAACGACAGCACAGCAAAGGAGGCAAGCACAGCCUCUGGAGCUACGCCAGAGCACGAAGCACAGUACGAAACUAAGACGAUUACGAAAGAUGAGGUGUCUGACCUGCUGCCAGUAAUGUUUUAUGAGAAACGUGUCCAUGUCUACUACAAGGGAAGCAGUGAGAACUGCCAAAACAUCAAGAAUGCCAUACAAGUACUGAAGAACUGGGUCAAGGCUAAAAAAGAACACACUACGGGCUGCAACCCUACUGAUCAAGUCACUGUAAUAUGUGGCAGAAAUGAAGCCUAAACCAUAGGCAAAUUCUUAGGACAUUGAAAGAAAUGAUAUCUAGUGCAGAUUUCUUAAAUCAGCCAGUAACAUCCAGCUGGUACAAUGUUC